AUGACGGCUUACGACGAGAAUGACAGGAAAGAGGCAUCUGUGCACGCAAGCAUAAAGCCUCGAAGCAGACCUCUCGUGCCGCCCUUGAGAUUCAGCGUAGUCGCCUUCUCGCCCUACCCUUCGAACAGCGCCGCACCGGCACCUCAUAGCAACCAUUCGCAGCAUGCUGCGGCCGCAGCCUGCAAGGACGACGUGCAAGCAACAUCUCCAAAAAUUCAAGAUGCGCCAAAGGACGCCACGUCCUGUCUUGCCCAAACGCUAUACAGAGGAUCACAUCCAAAAGCUCGCAACCUGCCCUUCUUGAGCCGACUCCGCUUACGCUCCAUCCUCUCUCUCACUCCCAAACCUUUGUCCAAGAGUGGCCCAUUCAAAGCAUCGGACGAUCGCAUAGAGGAGUGGGCGCAGAGGCGCGGGUGUCGGUUGGAGUGGAUAGAGUGCGAAAAGGGAAAGGAGGAAGAAGUGGCGCUGGAUAGAGAAAGCGCCGAUAGGGCCAUUGCUUUCAUCCUAGACAAGCGCAACCUGCCCUGCUACGUCCACGACCUCGAUGCCCUCCAAGUGUCAUCGCUCCUCGUGGCGCUUCUGAGAAAGGUGCAAGCAUGGUCGCACGCCUCCAUCCAACUCGAGAUGCGCUUCAACCUCUGUUUCGGCACGGGCAACGUCUUCAAGCCCAAUUUGAGCAAUACCGCCUCGCAGGCUGGUCAGUCAGCCAAAGGAACAGAGCUGGAGGAUGACGAUAGCAGCGUCGCAAUGGCUUUCGUCAAAAAGUGGCACCAAUCUGCAGGCCCUUUGCAAACUCGAGAUCCUCAGUCCAAGUCGGAAGCGAGGCACGCGCUUUUCGCGGAUGACCUUGCACGGCCGUCAGCGGCUGAUGGCGCAUCUGCCGCUUCCACGUCAAAGCUGCAAAAUGGCCAAUUGCAGCUCGCUCCCCGCAGACACAUUCCAGACUGGGUCUGGCCUGCCCCUCAUCCCCUCUCUCGACUUGCUGAUCCUUAUGACGUGCUGCCGUUUGCCGCAUUUGCAGAGGUCUCAAAGCGCGACAGCCAAGCUGUGGGCCGAGAAAAAGAUGCCAAGUCGUCCGAUGGCUCGUCCACUGCGAGCAAGAAUGCUCCAUCUGUAGGAAAUCUCAGCGGCAGGCAGUCGAAGCGCAGCUCAACUUUGAUCGAAGGCGCGCCAGAUCAGGCGCAAUACCCUUUCGCUUCGAAUCUGACAGCAUCGACUAGUGUAUCUGCCCGCUCUUCGCCUCGGCUGGUAAAAGCGGCGCUGCCUAGCGCGCACGGAGCGGCUGCUCACACACCGGACACGGAGAGUGUCUCAUCUAGUAGUAGCGGCACAGCGCACAUUGGGGUCGGGUCCCUACCUGUCCUACACCCAACCCUCAGGCUGAGCUUCGAGGUGGAUCCCACCCUUCCUGCUCCACCAUCGAGCUCAAAGCAUGCUCAGAAGGCCGAGCAGCCUGUGCACCCUCAGCCGGGCGCUUUGAGUAGCAGACCGGCCACACCAGCUCGAACAUCGUCGCCACGCCCUUCGGGCUCCAGCGCGGUCGUUCGAAGUCGGGAGAGGACGAUGCUGCCACCACUGUCAGAUCAGAACCGCACCUUGGCAUUCUCUGCACCCACAACUCCUGGUCCUUCGAGGCCUCAAACGCCGGUCAGACAUGCCAACGGCAGCGGCAGCGGCAACGCGCGAUCCGCGGACGCAUCGUUCCAAGGCAAAGCGUCAUCUUCACCUUCGAUCAGCGCCGCUGCGGACUUGUUGAGAUCUGCCAAUACAUCGAUCGGCCCCUCUAGAGCUACGUCGCCAGGCCGUAGCGCCUCUAAGCUGGGAGACGACGCUCGAGCGGCCGUGGAGGGUGAUCUGGCAGACUCAAAGAUGGAGACGCGCUCGCCUGCUGGGGGAGAACGCAACGUUGGGUCUUGUAGGGUUGGGCUUGUCUGGCUCGGCUGCAAAUCACCCAGCUGCAAAUUCGUGCGCAUCCUCGUCGGUGUCGAUGACAUCGACCGACUCGAAUGCCACCAUUCGUCCCCUUCCUCCACCGACAAGCACAGUCUCGCAGACUGGUAG